GUGAAAUUCAACUUAUGUUAUUGUAUAAAAAAAGAGAGAGAGAGUGAGAGGAAAACUAUGAACAACCCAAUUAAUGAAAUGUAAACGAGAAACGUUUUUCUAACACUCGACAUUUUUUCGUAAUCAUCGUCAUUUCGUUGAAACGUUAUCAUUUCUGUCCAUCGAACCUUGGUCUCAAAAAGAGAUGAAUGAAACGGUUGUGAGAUUAAAAUUAAGAGCACAGUCGAGGUCCGUAUCUCGAAUGUGAAAUGACGCGGCAAAUGAUGCACGUUGACUUCAUUAAUUCAGGUCCACUUGGUCAUUUUUCCGUUCUCUCUUCACGACCUUCCCUCCUCGAGUCUUAACCAGGAACUUCUUAUUCAGAAUUACUCGGCAUUUUUCUCGUAUUUCGCAACCGCUCUUUCCAACGUAUUUUAGCUUCGUUAUUGGCGAGAAUCAACGGUUACUCUCUCGAAAUUGUAAAACGUUAGCACGGACAAUUGUCUCUCUGCGUGAAAUUCUUCUUUUUUUUUUUUUUUUUGUAGAACUCGAAAGCGUCAAGAAGAUUAUCGACAAAUAUCACACACGUAACAAAGCGAUGUUCUUUGGAUUUUGCGUGAUAGGAGCUUGCCUAGGAUUCGCCCUGUUGUGCUUCACGCCUAUGGAGAACGGUUUACCGAUCAGGGCAAAGUAUCCUUUGAAUACGACCGUAUCACCUUGGCACGAGAUCAGUUUCUUCAUCGAAACUUGCGCCGUUUCUGGCGGCUUGUUAGGAAUAAUCGUAAUGGACAGUAUGACGACUUUCAAAUGCAGCUUGAUCACGAUGCUGUUGGACGCGUUGAACGUCAAUUUUGAAAAUUGUAACGACGAUACGAAGCAGGCGAUCGACGUUUACAACGGGUACGGUAUAUACGGGGAAAAACGGAACAAUAAUAAUAGAUUCCUGGAUCGUUACAAGAAAUGUGUUCAAUUUCAUCAACGAUUAGUACUCAUAUCGAAGGAUUACAACAAGAUAUACAAUUUAAGCAUGCUCGUUCAGAUGCUUUCCAGCACCUCGAUCAUAUGCCUGACUGGUUUUCAAGCUGUUGUGAUUAUAAAGAGAUCUUACUCGUUUUUCGCCUUAUUGAACAACAUGGAUUUAACGGAUCAUUAACAUCGUCGUUCUGCCGUCUUUAUUGCCGUAUUAACAUGCAAGAAGACCGUUUACGCGCAAAGAAGAAUCGAUUAUAAUAUUCUCCUGUUAAAAACGGUAAACGGAAGCUUUACCCAGCGUUCCAACGUAUCCACGGUUUCGCAACUAUAAAAGUAAGAAUAGAAACCCUAUUUCUUGAGAAAAAUUCGUCAAUGUUCGUUAAUAUGUUCUCGAUAAUCUGUUCCCUCAUCACGCGGAAUCCUCUUCGGGCCAGUAACCUUGCGAAUUAUUAGAAUUGUUGGAGAAUUUCCGUUCUACGCUAAUAACGGCGUUACAAUAAUAAACUAUCUUCGAAUCUCAACUUUGUCAAUGUUUGAAAGAGAGAGAGAGAGAGAAAGAGAGUUUUUUAAUCGUCGUGAACGUUAAAAUUGGACUGAUCAAACGGGAGCUGAUCCAUCGACGUCCAUCGAUCCUCCCCAGAUUAAUUUAUUGCUAGGCGCGAAUAAGUUGGCGAUAAAGUAUCGAUAAAGUCACAGCGCGAGUCCUCUCGAGUGGCUCGUUAACGUCCGAGUUGAAACGUGUAUAAACGUAUAUAUUAUUCGUGGGCAAAGAUGAUGGAAAUUCGACGGGGUAAUUAAACGGCGAACGCCUUUUACCGCCCUCUGCCCGUCCUCUGUUCAUCGCUGUGAAACACGAGAACGGCUCGCGUCUUACCAGUUACUCCACUCCGCGUUUUUCAAUCUCCCGUUUGAUCUGACCGAUGACUAUCUUGGCCUGAUUUAUAGCGCCCCACCCGCCCUCGUAACGCGGCUUCGUUUCAUUCAACCGGGCUUACAUAAAUAUCACUCCGUUGGCCAACCAUUAACGAAACAGAGGGCUGUUUCGUUUUCACCUCGGCUAUCGAACGGAACAAAUUCUCUCCUCCCUUAAAUUAUCAUCUAUUAUUAUAUCAGUUAUUCAGAGAUAACGAGUUUAUCGUUCUAUCCACGAAAUUGUAAAUUCAGACACGCGCGUUCGAGGAAGAAUUAAUCGCAGAGUUUCACAAUACGCGCAACUAUAUUUCUUCUUUAUAUUCCGCGGCAAGGGACUGUCCUAUUCAUCGACUUUUACAGCGUGCUCAAUAAAUUUUGUUCCGCGAAGGAGAGGGACAUUAAAGUUUCAUCAUUCGGUAGCAUAAUUCAAUCGUUUCUAAUCCUUAUAUUACAGACCUUUCUUAGGAAAAUAAUUACGCGUAUACAAUUCGUUCGAAGUCGAAUAUACAAGUGGAGGGAAUAAUUUUCUGCCUCGUCGCGUAUCGAAAGAUCGUGUCCCGUGAACGAGAGGAAAGAAAAGGAGGGAGGAUGUCGUUGUUCCGCCAGCCAUUCCACCGGCACUUGCUUCCUAGACAGAUGGUCGGUCCAGCACAUGUUGUCUAACUGUAGGUCCCUUUCAACCGUCAUUUCUAUAUACGUUGGUAUCGUACGUUUCCACGGCGAGGCUGUCGCUCUUUCGCCGUGGCUCGCUUACUGCCACUCUUCGUCUCCUUCCCCCUGCUGCUCGCGCGGCUUUCAAAAAAAUCGCGUCGACGAUUUUCUCGAAAGAAAAUAAAAAAAGAGGAACAAUCGAUAGUAAAAGAACGAUCGUAUUAUUCCGAUCGGAAGAAAUCGAGUUAUCUCGACUCGAAACUGGUUUCUCCAAUAUGUUUACAUUAUUACGAGCGUGCGGAGGUCAACUGUAACCGCGUUACGCGAAAGUAUUAAAAAAGGAAGCAUUUUCUAUGGUUGUAAACGUUCAUUUCCUUUUACGUCCCCCCUUAUCUCGCAGAAAUCGCGCACACGAUCCGCGAUAAAAAAAGGGGGAUAUAUCGCGCGGAAUGCAAAUAGGAAAAUUCGUUUUAUUACCCAAUAAUUCGUUUUAUCGCCCACUCUAAUGUGAAUUUAUCGCGAGACAAAUCGAUGUGGCGAACACGCGCCAAUAAAGAUUUAAAGAAGAGGAAGAAAAAGGGGAAGGAGGAAAAGAAAAUCGGGGGGGAUUAUGAUCCGUUAGCGUUAAAAAUGAAGCGUGUCCCGCGUGUGGUCCCGCCGAUCUCUUUCCACUUAUCGCGCUGAACUCGGCCCUCCUCUGCGAGGGGACAGCAUAAAUUUCACCGGUGAAAUUUUCAUCUCAUUCCUUUCAUCUGAUUCUCCCGAAAAAAAUGAUCCGGCCACUGCUCGCCUGACCCCUGCCUUCAUCCUUCUCCGUCCCCUCCUCCUCCCCCGAUCGCACGUCUCCAGAAACUGGAGUAACGCCGAUUCCAAAAAAUUCUCGAUCCUUCUCGCCGCCUCGAACUCGAGAAAUUUCGCAUCCAACUUCGAAGACGAAGACGACAAAGUUGAGUCGAGGCUGGUUCGCGCGAACGAAAUUCAAAUUACGUGGUUCGCACGCUGGACGAGCGGGCCGGGUGGAGGGGAAAGAGGAGGGAGGAAGAGUUCGAUGACAAGGUAGAAAACUUAAUGGAUUUCACGAAAGCGGGCGGCUUUUAAGCAGCCGGCCACAUUAAUUGGAUCGUUGUAAUGAAUUUUUAUAGGGGCGAAUGAAUCGGUCUCCUCUUCCUUUUUUUUUAAUUCGAUCGAGAAAAAUUAAUAGGCCAUUUUUCUCCGUGGGCGUUCCUCCAGGGGGGGGAAGGGAUGGGAUGGAAAGCGAGAUCGAUCGAUCAUUUCUUCGAUCGUAUCCUCGUAUACGUAUAUAAUAACACGCGGACGUUUUAUAAAUCGGGGAAAAGUUGCGCGAAACGGGCCGUUUAUUAUAAAUACGAUAAAAACUUCGAACAUUGCCGUGCUUCAUUCACGAAGAAGAGGUAUGUGCAUCGAGAAAUUAUUGCAUCCGCGUAAAAAAAAAAAAGGAGAAAAAAGAAAAAAACGCGCGCUCGCGUGCUCGCCGUGUACCGUACACCGUGCACCGUGUAAAAAUUUGGAGGCAUCUUGAUCGUAUAAAGUUGCGUAAACGUUGGAAUUCGACUAAUUCGGAUAAAGGAGAUAAAAUGUCCUCGCGAAAGAAAACUGGAUGGUAAAAAAAUAAGACACCUCUGGACAAGGAUUCUAGUUCGAGGAUUGAUCGAUUCGAGGAAGAAUAGGGGCCGUUUAUUAUAAAUACGAUAAAAACUUCGAACCGUGCUUCAUUCACGAAGAAGAGGUAUGUGCAUCGAGAAAUUAUUGCAUCCGCAUAAAAAAAAAGGAGAAAAAAGAAAAAAACGCGCGCUCGCCGUGUACCGUACACCGUGCACCGUGUAAAAAUUUGGAGGCAUUUUGAUCGUAUAAAGUUGCGUAAAGUUGCGUUGGAAUUCGACUAAUUCGGAUAAAGGAGAUAAAAUGUCCUCGCGAAAGAAAACUGGAUGGUAAAAAAAUAAGACACCUCUGGACAAGGAUUCUAGUUCGAGGAUUGAUCGAUUCGAGGAAGAAUAGGCCGAGAACGGAGAUCAAGCGUGAUUUGAGGUGACAAGAUCGAAAGAAAAAUGGAGUAAAUACUCGCCUGCUUCUCUCUGAUCGUAAAUCUGUUUAAUUGCAGGGAACAAAUUUUGCAAAUUCCGUUAACGGUACUCGUGUAGCCCUUUCGAAAAAAAACGCUUCGUCGAUUUCAAGCAAACGCUAUUAAUCCCGAAUUUUACGAGUCGAGAAAUAUUCGCGCAUUACUCACUGCGAAAAUUUAAUUUAAUUGGAAAUCGAAUUCAUUAAAAUUCCAUAAUACUUUGCGCGCGAUCACAAAAUCGUUCCAAUUUCCAGCUCGUCUUCCCUAUUUGGGCCAAGAUUAUCCGGAAGAGCGCAUACUCGAUAAAAGAAUACCCGAGGCAGAGAGAGAAAGAGAGCGAGAUAGAGAGAGAGAGAGAGAGAGA